AUGGCGUCGGUAAAGUGGGAGGAAAAGAAAAAAGAAGAACAUCACUUGGUUUCUCUGAAAAAUGGCGAGCAAAGAAAAGAGAACAUGAAGGUUAAAGUUGAUAUGGGUCAACCUGUACUUAGGAUGUACCUACCAAAUUACCAGCCAACAAGGACCAAAGUUGUGCAAGUGUUAUCUCGUUUACACCUGAAAAUGCGAGUCUGGGAGCGUGGUGCAAGAGCAACACUAGCAUGUGGAAAGCACAGUGUACAAUUUGAUCUUGCUAGAAUGACUGAUUAUGGAGGUGGGUGGCCUAGUGCUCAUGCAACUUUCUGUUUCUCUGCAUGCUUUGCGAGGGUGUACAUGUUGGUGCACCAGUGGAAUUCCCAUGAAAAAGUAGAACCUCAAUUUAAUUAUCAGUACGAUGCACUGAAUAUUAGGGGUCAUAGCCCUGAACAAAAGGUUACUUCGGCUUUGAGGAUUUUAGGAUAUGGCAGACCUCCAGAUUCUAAUGAUGAGUACCUUCGCAUUGAUGUUAGAGAAAUAUUAAAGCAGAAUCAGGAAAGGGGAUUUUCUGGAAUGCUGGGUAGUCUUGACUGCAUACAUUGGGUAUGGACCGGAUGCCCUACCUAUUGGGCCGGUCAGUAUAAGGGUCACUACACAAAACCAACAGUGAUCCUUGAGGCUGCUGCUUCUUAUGAUCGUUGCAUAUGGCACGCUUUUUUUGGUCUCUCGGGAUCUCAAAACGAUAUAAAUUUUGGACAAAAAUCGCCUUUGUUUGAAGAUUUAAAGUAUGGAAUUUCUCCUCAGGUAAAUUUCAGUAUCAACGGGAAUCACUACACUCAUGGCUAUUAUCUUGCAGAUGGAAUUUAUCCAAAAUGGUCAACUUUAGGUCAAUGUUACUGUCAGCCACCUGCCGGUGAAAUGGGUCGUUCAUACUCGUAUUUCAAUAGUAAACAGAUGAAUCUGAGAAAGGAUUUGGAACGGGCUUUUGGAAUUCCGAAGCGGAAGUUCGCAAUCAUUUGUGGGCCUUAUCGUGGUUUAAGUGCUCGUGAAAUGCAUAAGACUAUGCUGACUUGCAUCAUUAUGCAUAACAUGGCUAUCCAGGAGACUCGUCGUAAUAAGAAAUGGACUAACCAUCAAGAUGAAGACUUAAGGCCUGAGAUUAUACCAGCUAGAGGAUUACCUGCAAGGAACUAUGCGCAAAUGACCAGUCAAAUUGAGAACAGAACUCUGUAUAACAGGUUGAGGGAAGAUCUCAGAGUGGAUCUGUGGGCUGAGUUUGGAAGAGAUGGGGGACGAAUUGAGUAG